UUGUUGAACCGUCAAUGUGAGCUUCUGCAAUUUCAAUUACUGUGAUUUGUUCCAGCCACAGUUUGCUGAUAAACAAAUAGAAAAAAGGGCACAUUCAAGACAUGCCAGAAGUGGGAAGUCAGUGCAGCUAUCUAGAAUUUAGAUAUGUGAAGCGCAAAAAAUAUGGUUCAUUAUCACUUUGUGCCAGUGGCUAAGUGCUAUUUAACUGUUCUUCAAAGAGUUUGUCCAACUAUCACUUUCAUUUAGUUACUAACAAUCGGGCGAAACGCUGCGUGUACAGCCAGUGGCUGCGUAACGGAAACAUGUACUUGAUCGGUUUGUUGCUACUGCUGCUCGGCGCCGACUUUGGCGCGUCACAAAACGCCGACAAUUACGACAGUCUCACAACCUCCAUUGCCGGUCUAGAACAAUUGAUCGCGACUGAAGCGUAUUUGAUUGAAAAUUUAGAGAAUUACGCGAAGGAAUUGGAGAAAAAAUUACUCGUCAUUCGCAGCGUGAUUACCAAUCUUCGUGCAGAGAAUGACAAGGCGCAAAAGAAUCCUGGUUACUAUGUAUCUAUUCCUACAAAUGUAUUCUCUUUGGUGCGGCGUUUGCACAAGGACUGGACUUAUUUGGACAUUUACAUGAAACAAAGCGUUGGUCCAGAGCAAACCAAAAUUCUACACGAUUAUUGGUCCAAUUUGCCCAAGGCAGAUGAUUGGAGCGAAGCGGUAAGCGCAAUCAGCCGACUGCAAGACACCUACGAUCUGAAAGCAGACGACCUGGUCAAGGGUUUAAUUAAUGGCAAAAAGUAUGACACUAAAUUGUCGUCACUCGAUUGCUACGCAAUGGGUUUGGAGUUGUUUAAUCAGGCAGAUUAUUGGGGCGCCGGCUUUUGGCUUUACUCCGCCAUCAAUUUGCAUGAAGAAGAUCCUCUAAUAAGUUUGCAUGACUUGAGCAAAGUAAAAAUGAUGGAGCUCUAUGCGGAGACUCUGCUGCGACAAACACGCUAUCAGGAUGCGCUGUCAAUGAUCGAUGUGAUACUGAGUUUGCCUGCGUCGAAGCCGAACUCUGAACUCCAGCGCAAGAAAAACACGGUGCAAUUGCAUAUUAAAACCUACAAUCCAGAACCCAUAAAGAGCGCGAUAAAACGUGUAAGCACUUACCAACUGGGCUGCCGUGGCAUGUUUUCGAACCAACCAUCGAAACUCUAUUGCGUCUACAAUACGACCACAACAGCGUUUCUCAAAUUGGCUCCGCUCAAAAUGGAAAUCCUCAGCCGUGAACCAUUUCUGGUCGUUUUUCAUGACGUUAUGAGCGAUGCGGAAAUCGCGACGCUUCAGCAUAUGGCUCAACCAUCUUUGAAGCGUGCAACCGUAUUUAAUGAGCAAAGCAAGUCAAGUGAGGUGGUUCCUGGUCGCACCUCCAAAUUUGCCUGGUUCUACGAUGGCACAAAUGAGGUUACAACACGCGUCAAUAAACGUAUUGUUGAUAUGACUGGAUUUGAACUUAACGGCUCGGAAAUGUUGCAAGUAAUGAAUUAUGGCCUUGGUGGGCACUACGAUACGCAUUACGAUUUCUUCAAUGUAUCCAUGACGUCUAGUAUUGUGUCGAUGCAGGGUGAUCGCAAGGCCACGGUCCUCUUUUAUAUGACUGAUGUGGAGCAAGGCGGCGCUACCGUGUUCCCAAACAUUAACACUGCGGUCUUCCCCAAAAAAGGCACAGCUGUCGUGUGGUAUAACCUCAAUAAUCGGUAUGAGGGUGACUAUAGAACCCUUCAUGCCGGUUGUCCAGUGAUAGUUGGCUCUAAGUGGGGAUUCUGGUGCUCAGUGAAAAUGCAGUUAUUUUUCUUAUUAACCUGCAUGCUCUUUCUGCUCUCUGGAGCGGCGUUUGCACAGAAAAUGGAGUUCUUCUCCUCGGUGCAUCAAAUGUCGAAAUUGGUGCAAUUCGAAGGAGUUCUCUUGAAACAUAUGCAAAGAUAUGUGGAGAGUAAUGAACAUAAAUUGGAUUUUCUAAAGGCUCGUUUGGCUGAAUUGGAAAGUGAUCGUUACGAUGCGCUUCAGGAAGGCUUGGACUACUUCGAUAGUCCUGUAAACAAAUAUUUGUUAACGAAACGUUUAACGCUGGACUGGGAGCGUGUUGAAAAUAUAAUGCAACAUGAUUCGGGAAAAAAAGCCCUCAACAGAAUAGAGCAUCACUUCACAACGCAACCAUACCCCGAAAGUUCCGAAUUAGAAGGAGCCAUUGCCGGCUUUUUGCGCAUACAAGAUAUCUACCGCUUGAAAACGGCGGAUAUGGCACAAGGCAUACUCGAGGGUGUGAAAUAUGACGUGGUGAUAGAUGCCCGUCUCUGUCUGGAUAUCGCCAAAUACGCUAAAGAGCAAAAUCAAAUGCGUCUGGCGCAUGCGUGGGCCUUGGAAGCAUUAGAUCGUUUUCACAAAGCCGAAGAGAGCACGAGCCAACUAAACAUUGAUUCGGAUAAAGUCGUCGAAGCCGAUAUUUUGGAAUUGCUGGCGAAGGCUAAAACUCACUUGGGUGAUUUGAAGGGCGCCAACCAAACUUAUGCCGAUCUUGUAGCGUUGCGGCCAGAUGUCGAGAACUAUACGAAGAGCUAUUUAGAGUUUCAGUCAGAAAACAGCGACGGAGAAUACGCCACUGUUGAUCUCACCGACGAACAUGAGCCACUGCCAGCGGAUCUGCUAAAGACCGAUGAGUUCGCGCGCUACAAACACACCUGCAAUGGCUUGAUCACGCAAACGCCAAGUGAGGAGCGCGCAUUGCGUUGCGGUUAUCUCACGGAAACACAUCCAUUCCUACUGAUCGCACCCAUUAAAACCGAAGAAUUGAAUCAUGAUCCGUUGCUUGUGGUCUAUUACGAUGUCGUGUCGGAUGCUGAAAUCGAAGAAAUGAAAAGUUUGUCAAACGAUCAAAUUGUGCGUGCAACAGUUAUGGGUCGCAAUGAGAGCAUAGUCUCGCCGGCGCGCACAAGUCAAUUCGCCUUCCUGCCAAAGACGUCACAUAAACUGUUGCAGACGAUUGAUGUGCGCGCUGGCUAUAUGACCGAUUUAAAUAUGACUUUUGCUGAAGAUCACCAAUUCCAAAACUAUGGCAUCGGCGGUCAUUACGGGCAACAUUACGACUCGUUUGAUUUAAAAGCGACCCGACCAAUACAUAAAAUUGAAAUGGGCAAUCGAAUUGCAACACUGCUCUUCUAUUUGACGGAUGUUGAGCAGGGCGGUGGUACUGCCUUCCCCUACCUCAAGCGCCUAUUGAUGCCCAAGAAGGGCGCUGCAGCCUUCUGGUACAACCUGCAUGCCGACGGUGAGAGAGAUUUCCGCACUCUGCACGGUGGCUGCCCGAUUAUUGUGGGCUCCAAGUGGGUGCUCAAUCGUUGGAUCCGCGAGUUCGUGCAGAGCGACCGGCGUCCUUGCGAACUGUGGCGUGACAGUCAAGACAUUAAAUGCUUUUAAAGAUGCCUAGAGGGCUUUACUAUAUAUUAUUAUUAUUUUUAAGUAUUGUAUUUAUAAAGUAUUCAUAUGGUUAACUGAACUGGUGUCUGGACUUGUUUGAUUUAGCUGCAAAUAAUAGUAUUUCCACCGAUACUUACAUGGAGUCCAAAACUGUAAAUUUCCAGUAAUCAAAAAUACGUCAAAAUUGUAGUUUUAAGUGUUUCAUUUUAUUUUUUGUGUGUGUGUAUUUUCUGCAGAAUAUUCAGCAAUAAAGUGUAGUUCAUGUUUCACUAUUCAUUAAGUCCGUGUGGCAAACUCCACCAAAUGUUUCAUUUAUUUAUUUUUUAUUUUUGCAAUUUUAUUACUAAUUAAUAACUGUAAACAGCUAAGAAAAUCGUUUUUUAUUUGCUAAAAAUAACGUUCAUAUCUUCUUCUUUUUUAAAUAAUUUUUUUGUCACUGCGAUGCUGCACCUUAUCGUUUAUCAAUAUUAUUUAAGUGUGGACAUAUACAUACAUAUAAGAGUUUUAACUACUCUGCUUCCACAAUGCCGUAGUAUUCAAACAACACAAAUUGUCAACAUUUAUCGUACAUAAAUAUGUAUGCUGAGAUGUUUUAUUAAUUAAGUUGCUGUUUCUAUAUAUUUUCUUAAAUACACAUGAUUUAUUUGAAAAUUGGGUUUCUACUAAUCUGUAUUUGUCUUCAAGUGCUUCAAGUAGCAUUUUUCAUCUGCGAUUUCGCACUUAAAAAUAUCAAAAGAGUUGGACAUUUUUUUUUGUUUAUUUUUUUUAUUUUCUUUGUUAGGUGGUCCAUUUUACGUGCAUAAUCAUAAGUAAACACUAAGUUCUGCUUUAGUUUUCGCUUUUCUCAUCUCAACUGUCGAAUUUUUCGUCCUCCGGGAUUUUUUUGUAAUUUUUAAUUGAUCUCUGUUUAAGAUUAUAGUUUUUGAAAAAUUCAUACGUACUUUUUUAAAUAUGCGUGUGGGUAGUUUUUGAUUUCUGGAAUUAAUUUUGACAUUUCUCAUUUCUCAUUUGACAUUUGACAUCUGACAUUUGUCAUUUGACAUUUGACAGUUGUCAUUUGCCAUUUGACAGUUGACAACUGACAUUUGACAUUUAACAGUUGCCAU